GGAUGAAACAAUUAUUGUCAUAAGGUCACGAAAAUGCCUCGGUGUAGUUCAGGCAUACUGAAGACAGUUGGCGCAAUUUUAAUUGCUGGGGUUGCCACUGAAAUAGGUUAUCAGCUUUACUUGUAUUUCACACAUAAGCGAAAAGAUAAAACUUUCCCUAAUGACAAAAGAGUCUUCAUCAACAAAGUGCUAAUCUUUCCUGAUAAAUCUGUGGCCUGCAAGAAACAUUUUCUAACGGAAAAUGGUUGUGGAAAUGAGAACUGCAGAUUUUCACACGAGAAAUCUUCCCUGAGCGAGCUUUUCCAGUAUCUGAACAGUGCCAAGUCCUCGUUAGACGUGUGUGUGUUCACAAUAUCGUUCGAAGAUUUGGCAGAUAUUCUGGUGGCAAAAGCGAAGGCUGGCGUGACUGUACGUGUGAUAGCAGAUGAUGAACAGGUGGAUGUUCCCGGAUCUCAGAUUUGGAAACUUAGGGCACAAGGUAUAGCCCUGAGGACGGACAACUCAUCUUAUUUUAUGCACCACAAGUUUGUAAUAAUCGACAACAGCCUUUUAAUCAAUGGUUCUUUCAACUGGACGAGACAGGCAAUCAUGGGCAAUCAGGAAAACCUUGUGAUUGUAAACCAUCCAGAGAUACUGGAAGAGUUUAAGAAAGAGUUCAGUAAACUUUGGGAAGACUUUGACCCUAAAUUUAUCAGCAAUCAACCACAUUUACGUGCCAUUCACAAUUAUCGUCACUGACACCUGGCAAUUCAAAAAGGAUGUGCAAAUGCAUUUACAUGUAUUUUAUUUAAGAUUAGAACUACCUUCACAUCACAAUGCUUAAUUUUUGGCCUUUGACAUGUUUGAAGUUAAAAUUUGACUAUUUUCUAUAGCUUAUGGCUGACAUGGUCAAAAUUUUAAUUGUUGGACCCUAAAUAAGCUCUAAAAAUCCUAUUUCAAAUUUUUAUCUUUAGCUUGGCUUUAUUGAAUCGGGCCCCUUGUGUGAAAGGACUUUUAAAUACCAGGCCUAUUGUUAUGUUUUCAGUAGCAGUAGCAAAUAAUAGGAGAUCUACUGUCGCUCUCCAACCCUUUUCGCAUGUUUGCAAGUGUUGAAGCAUUUUCUCAAGGCAUGUCUGUUUAGACUGAUAAAAUUAUACUUUUUGUGAAGCCCUGAAAUUGGACAACCUAACCUAUGUAGCUUUCUCUCCAAAAUUUAAUGAAAAAGGUUGAGGAAUUAUGGUACCAAUAGACAAAGAUGCUAUAAAUGUGGAAAAGCUUGUUCAUUUCAGAAGUGGAAUGAUGUACCUAUGUGCAGACAGCGAACAGGCUCAACUUGUUAUAGUUCUGGGAGGAUCAUUGGUUACCAUAACUCUCAUUGGUUUGGUACUUUUUGUUAAAAAUUUUGCCACAAAUAUACGCAUAUAUCAAUUAAAAAAAAAAACAAAAAAAACAACGUGCAAUGUAUAGUGUAUAGUAUUUUGAAUGAAGAUGAGACCAGCAUUUCAUGUAUAAAGCUUUAAUAGCAGUGUAACUUCAUGAAUAAUUUUUUCGAUUCAAAUGUAUUUUUUUCUGUGUAUUAUUCAGUAUUUAGAUUGCUUUUCACAUUUCAUCAUGGUUUUAUAGCAGUGAAUUAACAUUUUAAAGAGAUUAUACCUGGUUUUUGAUCUUCACAUACUGAUUUCUUUAUUUGAGUUAUAUGCUGCACUCAAGAAUAUUUCAAUUAUACACUGGCAGCCAGCAUUAUGUUGGGAGGAGACCAGUCAGAGCCGAAAGAAACUCA